AUGUCCCUGUCAUUAUCCAUGUCCUCAUCCAGGCUGUCUGCUGGAGGUAGCCUCUCCGGAGGCCUGGGUCUGGCUCGUGCUGGUGGCGCCAGGCUAGGUCUGGGGCUUGGUGGAGGUGCUGGCUUGGGGCUUGGCCUGGGCGGAGGUCUGGGAGCAGGUGCAGGUCUUGGCCUUGGUUUGGGUGGAGGAGCCGGACUGGGGCUUGGUUUUGGUGGCGGAGCCGGGGCUGGUCUGGCUUUGGGUGGCGGCGGCGGCGGCGGUGCUGGCGGGGCACUGAUGGCUAGUCCUGCGUUUGCCAUGGGCCGCACCAUCGCAGCGGGAGGUCUGAGCGCUGGCUCGGCUCUGGCCGCUGGUCCCGCUGCAGGUCCCGCUGUGGCCCCUGUGCUCUCCAGGGAGGCAGAAAAACACACGCUGUCUACACUAAACGAUCGCUUCUCCUCCUACAUGGCCAAAGUGCGAACACUGCAGCAGGAGAAUGCGGCAUUGGAGGCGAAGCUGUCUCAGUUGACUGGGGGCACAGACAUGUCCCCUGAGGCAUCCAGCACCUCCACGGUGGAGUAUGAAGCCCAGCUGAGUGAGUACCGCAGCACACUGGAGACCCUAACACUUGACACCAUCAAACUGGAGAUAGAACUGGAUAACAUCCGUGGUACUGCCCACGAAGUCAAGGCCAAGUAUGACUUUGAACAAGGUGUAAGGUUUCAGCUUGAGUCUGACAUUGCUGCCAUGAAAAAGGAUAUUGAAAUGGCGUCUGACUUGCGAAUCGAUCUGGAUGCCAAGUAUUCCAGCCUGAAAAAUGAACUGGACUUUGUCACCAAGACACAGGAGGAGGAGCUGUCCACUGUCCAGUCUAAGCUUGGCACCUCGGUGGACACGUCUGUGUCCAUGAUUGAGGUAGACACCGGCAAGUCGUUCGACGUCUCGGCAGCACUCAACAAGAUGAGGAUGGAAUAUGAAAAAUCUGUACAGCAACACAGAGAAGAAGCUGAAACCUAUUACAAACUCAAGAUGGAUGAGAUGCAGUCGGCUAGCGUUAAGAGCACGGAGGCCAUCUCCUCUACCAAAGUUGAGACUGCAGCAGCGAAGAAGGAGCUACAAGCACUAGGGUUGGAACUGCAGGGACUGGUGAAUGCAAACCUGACCUUGGAGCAGAGUUUGGCAGAGGCCCAUGCCCAGUCCAGCGUUGGUGUGGCAGAAUACCAGGCUCAGAUUGCCAGCCUAACGUCAGCCAUUGAGGUGGCUAAAGCAGACCUCCAUAAACAGAUCCUGGCCUACCAAGAGCUCCUGGAUGUCAAACUCGCCCUAGAUGUGGAGAUCUCAACCUACAGGAAGCUCUUGGAAGGAGAUGAUUUCAAGAUCCCAGAGUUCACAGAAACAUCGUACACUUUCACGGCUGGGGCAGGAGGAAUACAGGUCAAAGAGAUCAUUACAGAGCACACAGAGACGUCUGUCAUCUCUGACGCAGACGAAUCAGAGUCCACCUAAAAUCUUCCGUCCCCGCUCUUCCACAGCAGAUGACCCCGCCGCACCGCC